AUGCCCCGCAGGGGGCAGCGGCUCUCACCAGGAAACCCCUUCCUCGAGUCCAUUCCUGGGAAACCCAAGAGGAUGUCACUAGCCUGUUCAGUGCGCUCAGCAUGGGUUGUGUUCUUGACCACUCAUUGUCAACAUCUUCAGCUUGGCAAGCUUGAUUGCUUCUAUGAGAUACCUCUGAUACCUGGCACCAAGAAGUCUGUUUCUGAAAAGACAGUCAGUAAAUUUUACCUAAAGUGUGCAUUUCUCCAAGAGCACAACUUCUACUUUCUCAUCAUUGUAUUAAGGUUUAGGAACGAGAUGAAAAAUGGCUUUCGGUUCUCGAAUGACUACAUAAAUUCAGGGCAGUGGUCCCCAACCUUUUUGGCAUCAGAUGUCAGGAGUCAGCCAGCUGAGCGGGAAGAGUGGGGAGCAGUGGACGGGCCAGGAUACGCCAGUGGGAACCUGGCAUGUGGGGCGGGGCCCGCGGGGGUGGGUUUUCUGCGUGUUGUGUCCGUGAACUUCUUCUUCUGUGGGAGUGUCUCUCCAGCCAUGGGCACAGCAGUGAGUUGUAUCUAUGCUUCUGUUGUCCUGGAGGGGAUCUGGGUUGAGUGCCUGGAUGACACCUUUGAGGAACAGCAGUCUAUAAAGGAGAAAGACUUGCUCAUCGGGACUCAGAGCCCCUCUCUGGCUGCUCGUCCCCAAGAGACCCCGAGCAGGGUCCUAUUCCAGAUAUUCCUCUAUUUCAUGUGUGCCUUCCAGAAUAUCUCCUGUGGUGUCCACUAUUUGGCUUCUGUGUUCAUGGUGGUCACCCCCCAGCAUACCUGCAGGCCCCCAGGCAACUUGAACAACGGUGAAGUCUGGGAGCUCUCAAGAUGUAGCAGAAGCAGGAGAGAGAACACAUCGAGUUUGGACUAUGAGUACAGCGGCAGUAAGGAGAAAUUUCCUUGUGUGGAUGGCUACAUAUAUGACCAGAGAAAGUGGCAAAGCACUGUGGUGACUGAGUGGAAUCUGGUCUGUGACCACAAAUGGCUUGGAAUGCUGGUCCAGCCCUUAUUUAUGUUUGGAGUCCUGCUGGGAUCGGUGAUUUUUGGCUACAUUUCUGACAGGCUAGGACGACGGUUGGUCUUGUGGCUCACGAGCAGUGGCAUGUUUUUGUUUGGAAUGGCAGUGGCGUUUACAAUUAAUUAUUACAGCUUCAUGGCCGCACGCUUUUUUCUUGCCAUGGCUGCAAGUGGCUAUCUCGUGGUAGGCUUCGUUUACGUGAUGGAAUUCAUUGGCGUGAAGUUUCGGACAUGGGCAUCCAUGCACCUGCAUUCCUUUUUUGCAGUUGGAACUCUGGUGGUGGCUUUGACAGGCUACUUAGUCAGGACCUGGUGGCUUUAUCAGAUGAUCCUCUCCACAGUGACUGUCCCCUUUCUUCUGUGCUGCUGGAUGCUCCCAGAGACACCUUUUUGGCUCCUCUCAGAGGGAAGAUGCAGAGAAGCACAGUACAUAGUUGAUGUGAUAGCCAAAUGGAACGGGGUAGGCUCUUGUAAGCUGUCAGAACUUUUAUCCCUGGACCCACAAGAUCCUGUCGGUAACAACUCCCUGGAAGGGAAGAAGUUCAACCUGUUAUAUCUGUUUCAUGACUGGACUGUUACGAAAAGGACACUCACCGUUUGGCUAAUUUGGUUCACGGGGAGUUUGGGGUUCUAUUCCUUCUCCUUGAAUUCUGUUAAUUUAGGUGGCAGUGCAUACUUAAACCUCUUCCUCAUGGGUGCCGUGGAAAUCCCUGCCUACACCUUGAUGUGCCUCGUGAUGGGCAAGGUGGGGAGGAGGACGAUCCUGGCCUCCGCGCUGUUCUUCAGUGCGCUGGCCUGUGGCGUGAUCAUGGUGAUCCCCCCGAGAUAUUAUGUUUGGAGUGUGGUGACAACGAUGGCAGGGAAGUUUGCCAUAGGGGCGGUGUUUGGCCUCAUUUAUCUCUACACGGCGGAGCUGUAUCCAACCAUUGUGAGGUCACUGGCCGUGGGGAGUGGCAGCAUGGUGUGCCGCGUGGCCAGCAUCACAGCACCCCUCUCUGUGGACCUCAGAAGCAUCUGGAUCUUCAUACCACAGUUGUCUGUUGGGAUCAUGUCCUUUCUGAGUGGGGUGUUAACACUGAGGCUUCCAGAAACCCUUGGGAAGCCGCUGGCAACUACUUGGGAGGAGGCUGCGAAACUGGAAGCAGAAAAUGACAGCACUUCAAGAAAAUUACUUCCCACAGCUGAUAAUAUUGUGCUGGAAAAAGUAGAUGUGAUUAACCCCCAGGAUCCUGGUCUUGGUGAAUAA